AUGUCGAGUGGAAAUAAACAGAAUGAAAUAGAAGCAGAAUCUUCAACGAAAGAUAAUGACUUGAGUUCGUUUGGUCAACUUUCGCUUGAUGAGGAUAGCGAAGAAUUCUAUAAUUCUACUCAUUUCUCUACAACAGAAGAAAGGUUUAUUAAAGACCAUGAUUUGAAAGUAAAGGCAUUUGAAGCCUUGCAUAAUGGCAACGGUAAUGGUCAACCACCUAAUACUACACCAACUUCUAAUACUAUUAGGAGAAGACAGUCGUUUAUUGACUUACCUCCUAAUCAUUCGACAAGUAAAUAUCCUUAUCAUCCAUUAGGGUCAAACUCGAAGGAAAGCGAGACACGUUCGAAUACUUUACCAGAAGAACAUCCUUCGGAAGAAUUGAUUGAAGUUUACCAAGAUGUAAAAACAUGCCUUGAUCUUAGACACAAAUAUCUUAGAACCUCUGUUCAAGAUGAUGAGAUGAAAAACCCGAAGAAUAAUGAUGGUUGGACUAUUUACCCUCCUGCUCCAAAACCUACUUAUAAGUCGAGAAAUAAAUAUAAUCAAAUUGCUCAUGGAGGAAACGACGAAGAGGAGUUUGACUUUAACAAAUGUAUUAUUCCUGAAAGAAAUGACGAGUUUUACUUUAAGCAAGACGAGGAAGGUGUAUUCCAAGUGUAUAAGAGUGACUGUGACGAGAAACUUGUUGAAAUUCCUACGUUGAAUACUUAUUUCUCUGAUUUAAAUAAAAUAACAAAGAUCUCCUCAGAUGGACCAGCAAAAUCUUUUGCAUUCAAAAGGUUGCAAUACUUAGAAGCUAAAUGGAAUAUGUAUUAUCUUCUUAAUGAUUUCGAAGAAAACAAACAUUCUAAGCGUAAUCCACAUCGUGAUUUCUAUAAUGUCCGUAAAGUUGACACCCACAUCCAUCAUUCCGCAUGUAUGAAUCAAAAACAUUUGCUAAGAUUUAUUAAGUACAAAUUGAAAACUCAACCAGAUGAACAAGUCAUUUUUAGAGAUGGGAGAAUUUUGUCGUUGGCUCAAGUGUUCCAAUCUUUAAAAUUAAGCGCCUAUGACUUAUCCAUCGAUACCUUAGAUAUGCAUGCCCAUACUGAUACAUUCCAUAGGUUCGAUAAGUUUAACUUAAAGUAUAAUCCUAUAGGAGAAUCAAGAUUAAGAGAAAUUUUCUUGAAAACCGACAACUUUAUUAAUGGUAAAUAUUUAGCUGAGUUAACAAAACAGGUGAUGGAUGAUCUUGAAAGCUCAAAGUACCAAAUGAAUGAAUUGAGAAUUUCAGUCUAUGGUAGAUCUAUCCAUGAAUGGGAUAAGUUGGCAAGCUGGAUUGUCGAUAAUAAAUUAUUUAGUCAUAAUGUUCGUUGGUUGAUUCAAGUACCAAGAUUGUACGAUUUAUACAAGAAAAAUGGAAAUGUUACUACGUUCCACGAUAUUUUAGUCAAUUUGUUCAAACCGUUAUUUGAGGUGUCUAUAGAUCCUAAGAGUCAUCCAAAAUUGCAUGUCUUCUUACAAAGAGUAGUUGGAUUUGAUUCAGUUGAUGAUGAAUCUAAACUGGAAAAGUCAAUUCAGUCCAGAAAUUACCCUGUUGCAAGCAAGUGGGAUUUACCAAUUAAUCCUCCAUACUCAUAUUAUUUGUAUUAUCUUUACGCAAAUAUUACUUCGCUAAAUCAAUUAAGGUCAAAGAACGGGUACAACACUUUCUUAUUAAGACCACAUUGUGGUGAAGCCGGAGAUCCUGAGCAUUUGAUCAGCGCAUUUUUGACGUCUCAUUCAAUUUCCCAUGGGAUCUUGUUAAGAAAAAUUCCGUUUAUCCAAUACUUAUACUAUUUAGAUCAAAUUGGCCUAGCUAUGUCACCAUUAUCAAACAAUGCCUUAUUUUUGGCCUACGAUAAGAAUCCAUUCUAUAGCUUUUUCCAAAAGGGUAUGAAUGUUUCUUUAUCUACUGACGACCCCUUGCAGUUUUCAUACACUAAAGAACCAUUGAUCGAGGAAUAUUCUGUUGCUGCACAAAUUUACAAGUUGUCCGGCGUGGAUAUGUGUGAAUUGGCCUGCAACUCAGUUAAACAAUCCGGAUGGGAAGUUGCAAUCAAGAAGCAUUGGCUAGGCAAGAAUUUUAUCGUAGGAGGUAUUGAUGGUAAUGAUAUUGAAAAGACUAACGUACCUGAUAUUAGAGUUGGCUAUAGAGAAGAAACUUUGAAGAGUGAGUUGGAUUUAAUAGAUUAUUAUACAAGGUUAAGGAAAGCCUAA